UGGACUGUGGAAAAUCUGAAUAAUGUACGUUUGGUAAAAUUUCUAAAUCAAGCAUUACGAAAAAGGUGAUAAGGAAUAAAUAAUAUCCGUUUGCGCAGUGUUUAAACAUUUUGGACUUUUACACCAUGUAGUGUACAAACAUGUAGGUUAAGGGUAAAUUGAAGCUAAUAACAUAAUUUCUCUUCCAACAUCGGUUUACGUAAAAUAGAUGAACAUGCUUGAAAACAAUAUUAUAUUGCAUCUAAUUGUUUGAACAAUACGUGCAUAUGGUGUAAUCCUUAUAUGAGGCUAAAACUACGCAAAAUCUGAAUGUUUGCAAUGAUACUUUUAACAUGCGAAGUACUAAUGUAUGUACCAAUCAUAUACAUAAAGUGCAAAUGUUAGUUUCUUAAGUAGGACAUAGAAUACCCGAAAGACUUAAAUAUGACUUCAUCACCCGUGGAGGUUACCACAGUUUUAGGAAUAGGAUUGGGCUUUAUUGCUCUAAUGUUUGUAUUGUUCUUGUAUGUGAGCAAAAUAAGAUGUUUUAGUACAUCAUCUUCAUUUUUGUCAUUUGAAGAUCACCUUAUUCCAGAGAGUACAUACCAUCGUAUUCGGAGCAAGUUUGCUUAUGAUGGGCAUAAUAGUUCAGACUCAGAAGACGAAACAAUUCGUCGAUUGCAACUACAAUCAUGCGACAAAGUACAUAAUAGAUCGGCUUGCAAUCAAACUAAUGGAACUAAAGAUGAUUCUAUUAGUCAUUUCAAUAGUAUUCAUAAAAUAUUAUCUUGUAAGAACGGUUCUUCUACAGACCCAUUGGCAAUGGCAGAAGGUGGAAAGGUGGGAAUAAUUAAUUCUUGCAAUGAUUCAAGCUAUUCAGAAGCAACCUUAGCUGCGCCAAUUAAAAUAUCAGCAGAUGCUCAGAAAAAUACCAUUUCAUGUGCUGCAUUACUACCAUACGCCAAUAAUACGGAAUGCAAAACUAAAACCAAACUAUUGCUGCCUGAACUGACUAAGGAAAAUGAUGAACGAGCCUUGCGAUGGCAGUUAAAAACGACAUCUAAUGCAUCUAUACUAAAAGAGAGCCUCAGCGGAGAAAAUGAUUCUCAAUCCGAAAGAAUAAUUCGGAAAAAUAAAAUAUGUGUUGAAGAAGCUGCCGCCGUUCUAACUGCAGUUAAUUGUGACCAUGCAUCAUUGCAAGAACAUAAUAGCUUAGAUGAAGAUAGCAGUCUUAACAACGAUUGCAUUCUUGUCUUAUCGCAAGAGCGGUUGUACGACACAAGCGACAUAAAGUCACUGAAAUCGGAUCUAGAUAAUACUAUCAACGCUCUGGAAAGUCCGUUACCAACAAUUUACUCUAACGGAUGUUUAGAGAUUGCACUACUCUACGACGCCCCGAUGCGCAAAAUGACUGUACAUGUGCUACAAGCAAAAGGGAUUUCAAGUAGAAGUGAUAAAGGGCAGUUAACGCACACACAAGUUCGUUUUUUAAUGUUACCAUCCAAAAAGCAAAAGCACAAAACCAAAAUCCGCUCUGGAGAAAAUCCACAGUUCAUGGAAAGUUUUCUGCUGCAUCGAGUCAAUCCCGAGGAAGUAAACUCAAUGGGUUUGCGUAUCCGGGUGUAUGGAUGUGAACGGAUGCGCAGGGAAAGACUUAUUGGAGAAACCAUCGUAAGCUUCGCAAACAUAGACUUAGAACUCGAGACUAACUUAUGGCUUCACUUGGAACCUCGUGGUUCAAGCACGGAUACAACAUCCACGAGUGACUUAUUGAGCAUUACUAGAUCCGAAAGUACAGGAUCCACCUCUUCGAUGCAGCAUGGUGGCGUACCUGAGUUAUUACUUGGGCUAGGAUACAACGGAAUCACUGGAAGACUAACAGUUGAAAUCGUGAAAGGUAGUCAUUUCAGAAACCAUUAUCUAUCGAAAGUACCAGAUACAUACGUUAAAAUGUGUUUGGUUAGUAGUAUGGGUCAUGAAAUAGCACGUGCUAAAACAUCAACACGCCGAGGACAACCAAAUCCAUUGUUCAAGGAAACAUUUAUUUUUCAGGUCGCUAUGUUUCAACUCAAUGAUGUUACAUUAAUUAUUUCAGUAUACGCUAAACGCAACAUGAAACGUAAUGAAAUGGUGGGUUGGUUUAGUAUGGGUUUGAACUCAAGUGGACCUGAAGAGAUGACACAUUGGAACGAAGUGCGUGAAACUUGUUCGCGAUCUGAAUUGAUUACACGUUGGCAUAUUUUGGUUGAUUCAUGAUUUUAAAUU